AUGUACAGCAUCACGAGCGCCUCCGAGAACACCAAGACGGCCAACCAAGCUUGGAGGAAAAGGCCUCGCAAAUUCGCGCCAAAAUCAAGACGAGGCUGUAAAACCUGCAAGAUAAGACGAGUGAAAUGCGAUCUCGCGCGGCCAUCAUGCCUGAAAUGCCACUCCACAGGUCGCACCUGCGACGGCUAUGACGAGACAACCCUCACUGUCCACACCGCCAGCGCAGAGAGCGACUAUCAGCCAAGACAGAGGCACAUAACAAGUCCUGAUUCUAUCGCAAAGGUACUCGGACCCUUGAUAAUCUUGCCCGUGACUGGCACAGCUCAGGCAGGGGCAAUGUGUUUCUUCGAGCAUGCUGCGAUCAAACACCUGAGCAAGUACCAACCCGGCGACUCAUGGCAGAAGACUCUCAUGUUCUUCUCCCAGACCGUGCCAUCAGUACGACAUGCCGCCAUGGCUCUGGCCUUGCUCCAUCGGCGCCACACCCACCGCGAUAGUGGACAGCCAUCGCAACCCUCCCAAAGCUGGUUGCCCGACGAGGCCGCCUUGUUUCACUACAAUCGUGCCAUACAACUACUCCUGCACGGGGAAGGCGGCAACAGCAUUCAAACAACAGCCACCACCCUUUUGGUCUGCUAUCUCUUCGCUUGCUUUGAUCAUCUAGCGUGCAGCUACGUACAAGCAAUCAAGCACCUGCGUGCUGGUGUAGAACUCUCAUGCAACAUCGACAAGGCGAGCACGAACACGCUAAUCUUCCAGGCCACGAAACAGAUCCGCCGUCUCGACAUGCAGGCCGUCAUGUUCCUUAUUGACUGGACUCCAGUGGGAGUAGAAGAGCAAUUCAUGUCCACGCUCACACCCUGCGACGGUGCCUUUGUAUCUCUCGAGCAAGCGGCGGACCACAUGCAGAUUCUUGUCUCCCGCGUCAUGAGUCUGCGCAACACGAAGCAAGAAAUGAUGGAUCAGGCACCACAGUCAAAUUCGUGCAAGGAAAACAUCUUCCAGCAGUUGAAUAUAUGGCUAGGUCUUUUCGAAUAUAUGCUGCAACAAAAUGACACCCAUGGCGCCGAUGCCGACUCAAACCCGCUCAUAUCACUACUGCGCAUGCACUACAUCAUGGCAUGGAGCCUCCUCAGCACUGCCGGAUCUGGUAGGGAGCUAGACUAUGACGAGUUCCUGCCCCAGUUCCAACAGUGCCUGACCUUGGCGGACGACGUAGCGGCGGCGCACGAGCGGUGUUCGGGCUCGUCACAGCCUACAUUUACGCCCGAGGUUGGCAUUGUCCCCGUACUGUACAUGAUCGGGGUCAAGUGCCGGCAUCCCAUUGUUCGACGCGAAGCCGUGAGCAUUCUGCGACGGCGGCCGAUACGGGAAGCGGUUUGGGACAGUAUCUCCGCGGCCAGGGUGGUGGGGCGGGUGAUUGAGAUUGAGGAGGGCGGUAUGGUACGAAGUAUGUCGCAAAUUCCUUUGUGGCAGAGGGUCGAGACUGUCUCUUGGAUGCAUGUCGUUAGCGGACAAUCUGCAGGCACUCUGGACAUGAAGUAUACGUUCUGCGCGCAGGAGGGAACUUUCGCUGAGUCUCUCGUAGUAUGA